AUGAUAUCAGAGCCAUAUUGUCAUGGUUAUGGUUAUAUUUUUGAACAUUGUCCUACACGCCCUCCAAGACCAAAAGGAGGGCAUUCUAAAUUCAAGAAUGUCUCAAAGCCUGGAUCUUCCUCUGUCACUGCUGUUGCUGCUACUGAGGGUUCUACUGCCAUCACCAUGAGUGAUCUUGAGGCACUAUUCAAACAGGUACAGGAUCCACAAACGGGACAGAUUCUUAGGGAGGGUCGCAGAGUGGGUCGAUUAUUUGAGCUUGCAUCUUUACAUCUUUCUCAGAUAUUUGUAUCUGCAGCUACAAUCCCUAAUUCCUCCAUUCAACAAUGGCAUCUUCGUCUUGGUCAUGCUUCUGCCGGUAAAAUUCAACCUUUAAUUUCUCAUGGAUUAUUAGGAUCUACUAAGUUUGAGUCAUUUAAUUGUUUAAAUUGUCAGCUUGCAAAAUAACCUGCAUUAUCUUAUCGUGAGGCAAGUACUAACCCUCUUUGACAGCAAGCUAUGACUGACGAACUUCAGGCUUUAGAGAAAACUCAUACUUGGGAUUUAGUUGAUCUUCCACCAAACAAGACCCCUAUUGGUUGCAAAUGGAUUUACAAAAUCAAGACCCGUUCUGAUGGAACU